UGUUAAUUUAGCAGUCGACCCGCCAUCACGCACGCGCACUCACGCACGUGGUGAGCCCAGGCUUCAUAAACAAGCCGCUGCCACUUUGUUGCUCAGUGUUUCCACUGAUCCCACAUCAGUGCAGAGAAGAUGGCACUGGCUGACAUAGAGCGCGCAGGGUCCAACUGCGGUGACUCGGGCUCCCCGUUUUCAGAGAUUAUUGAGUUGAAUGUCGGCGGGCAGGUCUAUGUAACCAGACACAAAACUCUCAUCGCCGUCCCAGACUCGCUACUGUGGACCAUGUUCAACAAGAAGACACCCAAGGAGCUGGCGAGAGACAGCAAAGGGCGCUUCUUCCUGGACCGGGACGGCUUCUUGUUCCGCUACAUCCUAGAUUAUCUCCGGGACCUGAACUUGGUCCUCCCGGACUACUUCCCCGAGAAAAGUCGACUGCAGAGGGAGGCUGACUUUUUCCAACUGCGGGACCUUGCGAAACGCCUCAGCCCCCGCAUGAGUAAGGACAACUCAAUCAGCGAGGAGAUCGGCCAGAGUGACACCGAGGAAGGUGCGCAGCAGUGCGGCGCUUCUGGCGCCAUGGAGACUUUACGCACCGUGUCAGUCAGCGGAGCCAUGCGCUCCCCCUCUCUGGACUCUAGAAAGUCGGGCUAUAUCACGAUUGGAUACCGCGGCUCGUACACCAUUGGCAGAGACAUCCAAACCGACGCCAAAUUCAGAAGAGUGGCGCGCAUCACGGUUUGCGGGAAGACCUCCCUGGCCAAAGAAGUGUUUGGGGACACGCUAAACGAGAGCAGAGACCCGGACCGGCCCCCGGAGAGAUACACAUCCCGGUACUAUCUGAAGUAUAAUUUUCUAGAGCAGGCAUUUGACAAGCUGACAGAGGCGGGCUUCCACAUGGUGGCCUGCAGCUCCACAGGCACCUGUGCCUACACCAGCAAUGAUCCAAACGAGGACAAAAUUUGGACAAGCUACACCGAAUAUGUCUUCUGUCGGGACAACUAACAGUAAACUAGUCAUGUAAUGUUGAUGUAUUACAUAGACAUUUCAAAAUCUAGAGGGGAAUGUCUUUAAAAAGUAUUAUUUUCGCUGUGUUGAAUGGUAUUUGUAAAGGGCGAGUGACUGCAAAAUAUUGCAAGAUAGCCAGAUAUCAGUAUUGCCACUUCUGAGGUUAACCAGAGACAUAAAAUGCCCCCAAAAUAGAUUUUAAAAACAAUUUACACAAACUUUUUUUUUUCUGAAGAUUAUGCAAUUUGGAUGUUAAAAGUGAGCAGAGAACAGUUUGAGUUGACACACUCAUCAGAAGCUCUAUGGCAUGGAAAACACCAUCAUCUCAAUCUCAUAGAACUGCAUGUCAAUGUUUCAGUCAUAUCUGACUCAGUGUGUCACUGUGUGAACUGAGCGGCAUCCAAGAACAGACAAGCAGCGAUUAGUAUUCAGUGUCAUUGUAACUUCUAGGCUUGCUUGAUCACUGUUUGGCCAACUUUGUAUUAUCUAAUAGGCACUCAUAGCAGAUCUAUCACUGACAUGAUUGUAAGUGUAUGUGCUUGCUUGGUAGAGUUGUAUUUGUUAAACCUGUUCAGAUGAAAUAAAAUCUUCUACCAUGUUAUUCUCA